AUGACUGUGGUGGCAGGAGAUAACAUGGAUGAGACCUCAACCCUGCCAGGGCAUCCACAUGAUCCGUACUCCCAUGACCAUGAGGACCACGAGUGCUGCGAGCGUGUCGUUAUCAACAUCUCAGGCCUGCGCUUCGAGACUCAACUCAAAACACUUGCUCAGUUCCCAGACACACUGCUGGGCAAUCCCAAAAAGCGGAUGCGCUACUUUGACCCUUUAAGGAAUGAAUACUUCUUUGACAGGAACCGGCCAAGCUUUGAUGCCAUCCUCUACUACUACCAGUCAGGUGGGCGAUUGAGAAGACCUGUCAAUGUCCCUUUAGACAUGUUUUCUGAGGAGAUCAAAUUUUACGAGCUUGGAGUAGAGGCAAUGGAAAAAUUUCGGGAGGAUGAGGGCUUCAUUCGUGAAGAGGAGCGUCCACUGCCAGAGAAUGAAUUUCAGAGACAGGUAUGGCUCCUGUUUGAACAUCCAGAGAGCUCAGGUCCUGCGCGUGGCAUUGCAAUUGUAUCCGUCAUGGUCAUUCUGAUUUCUAUAGUCAUAUUUUGUCUGGAAACCUUGCCAGAACUCAAAGAGGAUCCACAGGGGCGUUUGCAAACUGUUGGGAACAGCACUUUAUAUUACAAGCCAAACAUUUUCACAGACCCCUUCUUUAUUGUGGAAACCCUCUGUAUUAUUUGGUUCUCCUUUGAACUGAUUGUCCGUUUUUUUGCUUGCCCAAGCAAGGCAGCCUACUUUAAAAACAUGAUGAACACAAUUGAUGUAGUGGCAAUCAUCCCUUAUUUCAUCACGCUUGGCACAGAGCUUGCUGAAGAUGAAGAGGGGAAGGAAGUAAAAGGAGGGGGCGAACAGGCUACGUCUCUGGCCAUCCUCAGGGUCAUUCGUCUUGUCCGGGUGUUCAGGAUCUUCAAACUGUCAAGGCACUCGAAAGGACUGCAGAUUUUGGGGCAGACGCUAAAAGCCAGCAUGAGAGAGCUGGGCCUCUUGAUCUUUUUCCUUUUCAUCGGUGUCAUCUUGUUCUCUAGCGCAGUGUAUUUUGCAGAGGCUGAGGAGAAGGACUCGUUCUUCACCAGUAUUCCGGAUGCAUUCUGGUGGGCUGUGGUUUCAAUGACCACCGUGGGCUAUGGUGAUAUGUACCCUGUAACCAUUGGAGGCAAGAUUGUGGGUUCCCUUUGCGCCAUUGCUGGUGUGCUCACUAUUGCACUUCCCGUCCCAGUGAUUGUCUCCAACUUUAAUUAUUUUUACCACAGAGAAACUGAAGGAGAGGAGCAAGCACAGCUCCUCAAUGUGAGUAAUCCCAACAUUGCGUCCGACUCCAACUCCAGUCGACGCAGCUCAUCUAUCGUAAGUAAGUCAGAAUACGUGGAGACAGACGAUGACAUGAAUAACAGUAUUGACAAUUUUAGGGAGGCAAACCUGAGAACUGGGAACUGUACUAUCUCAAAUCAGAACUGUGUGAAUAAGGGCAAGCUUCUGACAGAUGUGUAA